GAGCCUUGCGGGGAGAUCAAAGCAAAAAUCUUCUCUCCUGGACCGAUGGGACACCCGGACCAAGUGGCCUAUAUAGUCACUUGGGAAAAUCUCUCCCUUGACCCACCACCGUGGGUGACUCCUUUUCUCAGUCCUUCACGAAGAAUCCCCCUCCCCUCUGCCCCUAACCCGGACCCUUCGACCGUCUCCCUGUAUCCUGUUGUGGUGAAACCAAAGCCUGUUUUACCCCCUGAUGAGAGUGUUCCUGCUGAUCUGCUGAGUGAGAAUCCCCCUCCCUACCCCCCUCCUCCGCAGGCCGCUGCGGCUGUUCCAGACGACGCCCAAGCAGAGGGACCGGAGGUCGCUCCCUCCCCCAUCGCGGGGCGACUCAGAGACAGGAGAGGACAAGGAGAUUCCUCACACAUCCUGCCCCUCCGACUCGCAGGAGGGGAAGGAAACCAGUUACAGUAUUGGCCCUUCUCCGCUUCAGACCUGUAUAACUGGAAAACUCAUAACCCGUCCUUUUCCCAAGACCCGCAGGCCCUAACAGCCCUGAUAGAAUCUAUCCUCCUUACCCACCAACCCACGUGGGACGAUUGCCAACAGCUCCUGCAGGUCCUCCUAACUACGGAGGAAAAGCAGAGAGUCAUUCUGGAAGCCCGAAAGCAUGUCCCGGGGGCAGACGGGAGACCAACCCAACUGCCAAACGAGAUCGAGGCUGCCUUUCCCCUCACCAGACCUGCUUGGGAUUUCAACAAGGCUGAAGGUAGGGAACACCUACGUCUUUAUUGCCAGGUGCUUGUAGCAGGCCUCCAAGGGGCAGGGAGAUGCCCCACCAAUUUGGCCAAGGUAAGGUCAGUGACACAGGGAGCAGACGAGCCGCCCACUGUGUUUCUAGAAAGACUUAAAGAGGCAUAUCGGAGGUACACUCCCUUUGAUCCAGACAGCCCCGAUCAGGAAGUAAGUGUUUCCAUGUCUUUCAUAUGGCAAUCAGCUCCUGAUAUUAGGAGUAAACUCCAAAGAAUGGAGAAUUUACAGGGGCAAGGUCUUAGGGACCUCUUAAGGGAGGCAGAGAGGAUCUUUAACAAAAGGGAAACACCAGAGGAGAAAGAAGAAAGACAAAAAAGAGAGGCAGAAGAUAGAGAGGCAGUGAGAGAUCGAAAGCGAAAUAAAGAAUUAAGUAGAAUCCUGGCCACAGUAGUGAGAAAAGAAAAUGAAGUCAGAAUAGAAAGGGGGGGAGAUCGAGGGCGUGUCUGGUUAGAAAAAGACCAGUGCGCCUACUGCAAGGAAAGAGGACACUGGGUAAAGAACUGCCCCAAGAAAAAGAAAAAACAGCAAGAAGAAAAAGCUGAGAUCCUCAACCUCGAUUAGGGAGGUCGGGGCCAGGAACCCCCACCUGAGCCCAGGGUAACUCUUCAUGUGGGGGGACAGCCAGUCACCUUCAUGGUAGACACUGGGGCGCAACAUUCCGUCCUCACCCAAACGACUGGCCCGCUUAGUAAAAAGACAAUAUGGGUAGAAGGGGCUACUGGAGCAAAGCGUUACCGCUGGACUACAGGCCGGAAAGUCCAGCUCGCCUCAGGGACCGUGACUCAUACCUUUUUACAUGUACCAGACUGUCCCUACCCUUUGUUAGGAAGAGAUCUACUAACCAAGCUUGGAGCACACAUUUAUUUUGAAAGAAAAGGGGCUAGAAUCACAGAUUCCACAGGAGCACCGAUACAGGUACUUACCCUCCGACUAGAGGAUGAAUACAGAUUACAUUGUGCCCCCCUUCCU